AUUGGAUAUCAUUUGACACUUCUGGAAGCAAGGCGUUUGUAAAGAAGCUUUAAAAUGACAGGACGAGCGAGAGCAAGAUCUCGAGGCAGAGGCCGUGGUGAGGAGGCUCCCGUACCAGGCGCACAACCUCCACCACAAGAGGCUGCGAAACCAAUUGUGACUUCAUGUGAAGGAGAACUGGUGGGGAGGGGGAGACAGAGAACGGCACCUGGAGCUAUAUCUGCAGAAGCGAUGGUCCAGAUCUCUGCCGGGUUCCAGCAGAUCAAGAUUGGGGAAAGAGGUGGACGCAGGCGGGAUUUUCACGAUGCAGGCAUCCACACUCGCCAGCUUAUGGAACAUGUGAAAGACUCCAAAACGGGUGUUUCUGGCACUGCCAUUGAACUGAGAGCUAAUUUCAUGCGUCUGGUAUCACGGCCUAUGUGGGCUCUGUAUCAGUACCAUGUGGACUUCAAGCCAGCAAUGGAGUCCCGUCGCUUGCGCACGGCUUUGCUUUACCAGCAUGAGGAGACUUUGGGCAAAGCACACACCUUCGAUGGAGCCAUUCUCUUCCUCCCAAACAAACUGCACAACACUGAGACGAUCCUGUGCAGUGAGACCAAGCAUGGAGAGAAGGUUGAGAUCACUCUGACACUGACCAAUGAGCUGCCUCCAUCUUCUCCUGUAUGCCUGCAGGUUUACAAUGUCCUGUUCAGGAGAAUGCUGAGGAUUCUGAACAUGCAACAGAUUGGUCGCCAUUACUACAAUCCAGAUGAUCCUUUCAACAUUCCCCAGCACAGGUUGACAAUUUGGCCUGGUUUUAUGACCACCAUCCUUCAGUAUGAGUCUAGUGUCAUGCUGUGCACUGAUGUAAGCCACAAGGUCCUGCGCAGCGAGACAGUUCUUGACUUCAUGUACAGUCUGAGACAGCAGUGUGGAGACCAGCGCUUCCCUGAAGCCUGCACCAAGGAGCUUGUGGGCCUGAUAGUCCUCACUAAGUACAACAACAAAACCUACAGGAUUGAUGAUAUUGCCUGGGACCAAAACCCCAACAACACAUUCAAAAGGGGAGAUGCAGAUAUCUCUUUCAGGAACUACUUCAAGACGCAAUAUGGACUGGACAUAACAGAUGGAAACCAGGUUCUGCUGGUCAGUCGUGUGAAGAGACUCGGACCCUCAGGUCGGCCCCCACCAGGACCUGCAUUGCUCAUCCCAGAGUUUUGCUACCUCACGGGUCUGACUGAUAAGAUGCGCUCUGAUUUCAACAUCAUGAAGGAUCUAGCCACACAUACAAGACUGAGUCCUGAACAAAGAGAGAGCAGAAUCAAACGUCUCAUCUCCAACAUUGACAGGAACUCAGAUGUGCAAGAUCAACUGAGUACUUGGGGUCUGAACUUUGAGAACAAGCUGCUGAGCAUGAAUGGAAGAGUUCUGCCUUCUGAGAGGAUCAUACAAGGAGGAAGAGUGUUUGAGUACAGCCCAUGGACAGCAGACUGGACUAAAGAGAUGAGAGGACUCCCUCUGAUAACCUGCAUGCCUCUGGACAACUGGAUGAUGUUCUUUACACGCCGAAAUGCAGAUGUUGCCCAUUCUCUGCUUCAAACUCUCAGCAAAGUGGCCGGGCCAAUGGGAAUCCGCAUGCAGAGAGCCAUCAUGAUUGAGUAUGAAGAUCGUCAGGAAUCUCUCCUGAGAGCCCUGCAACAGAAUGUAACACAUGAUACGCAGAUGGUGGUAGUCAUCCUGCCCACCAACCGAAAGGACAAGUAUGAUUGUGUUAAGAAAUAUCUUUGUGUGGAGUGCCCCACUCCCAGUCAGUGUGUGGUGUCUCGCACCAUCAGCAAACCACAAGCGCUUAUGACAGUGGCCACUAAGAUCGCGCUGCAGAUGAACUGCAAAAUGGGAGGAGAGCUGUGGAGUGUGGAAAUCCCACUUAAGCAGCUAAUGAUUGUAGGCAUUGACUGCUACCAUGAUACUGCUGCAGGGAAGAGGUCCAUUGGAGCACUGGUGGCUAGUCUGAAUCAGGGCAUGUCCAGAUGGUUCUCCAGGUGUGUCUUGCAAAGCCGUGGUCAAGAGAUUAUCGAUGCACUGAAGGCAGCGUUGCAAGAUGCAUUGAAGGCGUAUUUGAAAUACAACAACUCUCUGCCAUCACGCAUCAUCGUGUACCGUGAUGGAGUUGGAGACGGCAUGCUGCAGAGCGUGGUGGACUAUGAAGUCCCUCAGAUCAUGCAGUCCAUCAAGACCAUGGGGGCAAAUUACGAUCCCAAGCUGACGGUUGUUGUGGUGAAAAAGCGGAUCAGUGCCAGAUUCUUCGCUCGAAUUGACGGCAAAAUCACCAACCCUCCUCCAGGAACGGUCAUCGACACCGAAGUCACUCGUCCAGAGUGGUAUGACUUCUUCAUAAUAAGUCAGGCUGUGCGUUUCGGUUGUGUGGCACCUACUCACUACAACGUGGUGUUCGACAACAGCGGUCUCAAACCAGAUCACAUGCAGAGACUCACCUACAAACUAUGCCACAUGUAUUACAACUGGCAGGGGAUUGUCCGAGUGCCUGCACCCUGUCAGUACGCACACAAACUGGCUUUCCUGGUUGGGCAGAGCAUACACAAGGAGCCCAACAGCAAUCUGGAUGACUUCCUAUACUACCUGUAACCUGUUAUCUAAUAACAUGUUUAAUGUGGAAGCAUAAUGAUUGUUUUGCUCUCUUGGUUGAAUUGAAAGUAUACUUGGAAUGUUAAUCAAACUUUGUUCAAAAAAAAUGUUGUGUUGAAUUUUCUAGGCUCUAGUGUGUUUCUGUUCUUGGUUAUAAAUUGAAGUGUAGUGACGGAGGAUUCUUGCAUCUGUGAUAUUUAAAGAAAUUCAAAUUUAUGUUUAAAGGCUUUGAGUGUUGAUUAAUGGACCAUUUAUUUUCUGGUUACAUGUGUGCAAAAUGUUUGUUUGAGAUGCAUUUAUGUUU